AUGGGCGCUUCAGAAGCCAAGGUCUCCGACUCAACGACCUCUUCGACGCAAGAGGCCGAGACCGUUAUCAAUGCAAAGUAUGCCGAUGUUACGCUGCGCAUCUUGGAGGACCAUGGAGAUGAAUUUGGUCCGCUGACUCCUGAAAAGGAGAAGAAGCUGAGGCGAAAAUUAUACUGGCACGUUAUGGGCUUGCUGUCUGCGAUAAACCUAUUACUCUUUAUUGACAAGUCAACCCUGGGUUAUUCUGCCCUGCUGGGCUUGUUUGAAGAGACCGGGAUUGACAAGGCUCAGUACAACAACCUCGGGACUUUCUUCUAUGUUGGAUACAUCGUCGCGCAGUGGCCCGGACACUAUGCCAUGCAAAGGCUUCCAUUCGGGAAAUUCGUCGCUGGGCUCGUGUUCAUGUGGGGUGUCACCCUCCUCCUCCACUGCGUCGCAACGAGAUACGCCGGCCUGGUAGUCCUACGACUGGCCCUGGGUGCAGCUGAAUCGGUGGUUGUCCCUGCGAUGGAGAUGACCAUUGGAAUGUUCUUCAACCGCCACGAACAGUCCUUCCUACAGCCAGUCCUCUGGAUCACCUCAGCGCUGGCUCCUGUCUGUGCUGCCUUUAUCUCGUACGGUCUCCUCUGGAGUCACAGUAAUAUCCUACCGUGGAAGCUCUUUAUGAUCAUCACAGGCGGUGUCUCGACUCUACUCUCCAUCCUUGUCUGGUUCCGAUACCCAAGUAACCCCGGCGAAGCCAAGUUCCUGACACUAGAAGAGAAAGUACACGCAAUCAAGCGGGUGCACGAAUCCAGCCAAAGCUCCAUCGAGCAGAAACAAUUCAAACGAUCGCAUUUCAUCGAGACCCUUCGCGAUCCGGUUUCUUGGCUGUUCGCCCUGCAGUCCUUUACGCUGAUGAUGUCCAACAAUCUCACCUACGGACAGCAGAAUCUCAUCACCCAGGCUCUGGGCGUGGACAAUCUCGGCUCAACCCUGGUGGCCGCAGCUGGGGGUGGCUUUGGUGUCGCGGUUUGCAUCGCUGGCGUCUUCGCGCUCCGGUGGUGGCCGUCAAACCUGGCCCUGCAUGGGUUGGCCUGGUGUAUCCCCGCCAUUGCCGGUGGUAUUGGCAUGGUAGCAGUCAAUUGGGAUGCAAAACUGGCAAUGCUGGCAUGUCUUUUACUGGCCGGCCAUACCUACGGAAACACGUACAUUAUCGCGCUUGGCUGGACCACAUCAUCUGCCUCGGGCUAUACCAAGAAACUCACCCGCAAUGUCAUGUUCAUGGUUGGGUAUUCAAUUGCAAACCUUUGCUCGCCCCAGAUUUGGGUUCCGAAAGAUGCGCCUCGCUAUUAUGGGGCUUGGAUUGCCCAGAUUGUAGUGAGCUGGACGGGUACACCAGUUAUAUUGUUCAUUAUUCGGUAUAUUUUGAAGCGUCGUAAUGCAGAGCGUAAGGCGUGGGCAGCGGGCUUGACGGAGGAGGAGAGACUCGCGCAUGAGAUUGGCGAGGUCGAACAGUAUGAUACAGAUGGCACGGUGGUGCGUAGGAAGGUGGAUAUUACGAUGCUGGAUUUGUCUGACUUGGAGAAUCGGUUCUUCAUCUAUCCGAUUUAA